GGGCGCCCUGAUGGGGGACGGGGUGCCUGGGGUGGGGUCCAGCCGGCGCGCCCUCCUUGGUCCCGCUCGGAGUCCUUGACCGCCUCGCACAGCUGAGCUCCAGGGAUGGGAAGGGCGACCUGGGCGAUCCUCCCCCGACGCGGCCCACGGUAGGCGUCCGGCCUCCUGCAGGUUUAGGAGAAACGGGUCCCUUUGCGGUUAGCAGAGCGCUUUGGGUUCCUUUAAAUGGAAGCUGGGGUCCGGCAGGUGGGAACCAACCUAACGGACAUCGUGGCUCAGAAAAAGAUCACCAUCCGGGAGCUGGGGGGGUGCAUGGGCCCCAUCUGGUCCAGUUACUAUGGAAACUGUCAUUCUCUUCUGUUCAUGGUGGACGCCUCUAACCCCACCCAGCUCUCUGCAUCCUGUGUACAGCUCCUGGGUCUCCUUUCGGCUGAACAACUUGCAGAAGCAUCAGUUCUGAUUCUCUUCAAUAAGAUUGACCUGCCCUGUUACAUGACCACAGAGGAGAUGAAGUCGUUAAUCCGGCUGCCGGACAUCAUUGCUUGUGCCAAGCAGAACAUCACCACGGUAGAAAUCAGUGCCUGGAAAGGCACUGGCUUGUCCGAAGUGCUACGCUGGCUCCAGGACACCCACAGAACUAAUGGUUGACUGCAGGGCGGAGGAGCAUGGCUGGCCCGCUCUGUGGCAGGAAGGCAGAGGUGGCAUUGCUUGGCCUCAGGUUGUCUGUUGCUUUUAUAAGGGCAAGAUAAGCCCUAGAAGAUGGGGUUCUGUGCUGAGUUGCAGUGAUGGGUAAACUAAGGCCCCCAAGUUAUAGAAACUCCUGACAUCUGCCCUCUGGCUCCAGGGCUGGGAGAGGAGGUCAGGCCUGUGGGUGGCUUGUGUCCUACACCAUUCUGGGAUGGUUCUAGGGAAUUUGGUCCUCUCUCUCCAGGAGAUCUGUUCUGUCAACUCUGAUACAAACUCCAACCUGUUGAGUUUCUGAUAUCCUGACGGUGUAAGGGAGCUUGUGGGAAAACAACUAUCGCUUGGUGCAUUUGUGUCCUAGGGCCCCAGUAACGAAUCACCACAAAUGGUGGCUUGCAGCAGCAUAAGCUUAUGUUCAUGGUGCGGGAAGCCAGAAGUCUGAAAGCAAGGUAUCAGUGGAGGUGGUUCCUUUUGGAGGCUCCGAGGGAGAAUCCGUUCCUUGCUUCGAGUGGCUGUUGGUGCUGCGUGGUGUUGUUGGCUUGUGGUUUGCAGGAUUUGAAUCUCUGCUUCUGUCUUUUCUUCUUAUAAGGAGGAUGUAGGGCCCACCCUAAAUCCAGGGUGAUCUCAUCUAGACAUCCACAAUUACACGUGCAAAGAUCUUUUUUCCAAAUAAGGUCACCUUUGCAUGUUUCGGGGAUUAUAACUUGGACAUAACUUCGGGGGCCACUAUUAAGCCUCCUACAGUAAGAAACCUUCUGCUUUUGAGUGCGAUUGUGAGUUUUCUACAACAGCUUUGUCUCAGCUGGUAGUCUAGGUCAUUUGGCCAUUGGCCCAGCCCCUCAGCCUCCUCGUGGUUUCUAGUUGGUUACUUUGCAGGGGUGGGAGGAGCUCUGUUCUACAGAGGUUGUAAAUGGCACCCCGAGAAAGCUCUGUAUGUCCUGCAGAGCAACUCAGGCUCAAGUCUUCCCUUCCCUGUUGAAGCAGUAGGCCUCCUGGUUCAAUGCUGCUGCUCACUGGGAAAGGGUGUCUCUUGGCUCUUGGCUGUACAGGGCCUGUGCCACCUUCUUAGGCAGACCACAUAGGUGCCAGCAGUCCCCCUCCCAUGUGGGUCUGUGGAGAUGUCACAGGACCCACAGUGACUGGCUAGCAGAUGUCCCCCAAUCUCAGGGCACUGAGGAGAGUGUGGCCACACCUUGAAGUGUCAACCAGUCAUAGGCCACGUUCCUAGUUCACCUUUUGGCUCAAUGCAGGUGUGUUUUAAUGAAGCAUUUUAGCAUUUUCCGAAUGAGGCUGGUGCAAGUGGCACUGUUGAGGCCCCCCGAGGGCCUUUGGAAGGCCUGCAUGGCCCCCAUUGCCCUCAUUGGGCCCCAGGGCCCCAGCACCCUUGGGUCUCUCUAGAGUGGGGACAGUCCACACCAGCCUGCCUCAGCCACCCUGUGGUUGUGCCUUUUCCUCACCCACUCUGACCCCAGGGGUUGUCCCCCACCCCCACUCUGGCCAGCUGUGGGUAGAAAGCUCCAGGUCAGCUAGGGCUUCAGUUCCCAUCAAGCUUUGCUUCAAACUGCUAACGUGCUAUAAGUGACAUAAAUUCUACCUUCCAUGUCCUCUGGUGAGGCUGCUGGGGAUUGUGCCAGAGAGUGGGAAAAAGCCAGAACAGCUCAGGAAGAGAUACUGAGGAUGGGGGAGGGACAGACCUGGGAUUUCUGGGUUCCUGCUGGGGGCAGAGGCCACAAACUCAGGGGAGACAGCUCUGAAUGGCCCUGUCCGGAGAUGGGAAUACCCACUGGCGCUCGGGAGAGCCACUGAGCCUGCAUCUCCGGGUUUCCAAGUAUAGAUUCCAGCCACAGAGUGACUGACACCUGAGAAUAACAUGCUGGUCAGAUCUGCAGGGGUUUGUUUUGUUUUGUUUAAACCAAGAGAAAGAGGGUGUUUCAACUAGAGGAGGAAGUCUCCUUCCUCUCUGGCUCCUAAGCUGACAUGCAGAACAGGCCACCUUGAGUGAGAGCCUCAUGUACAAACCAGCAGUCUUCCUGUUAGCCUACCUUGUAAACUGGUGUGUCUGAUGGGGCGCACACCCCUGCCCCUGCCAUCGGGGCCCUCUGCUGUUCUUGGUCUGGGCCUAGUGAGUGCCAGGAUCUCAAAGAAGGAGCAGCGGCGACUUUCCUGGUGUUCCAGUGGGUAAGACUCUGCGCUCCUAACGCAGGGGGCCUGGCUUUGGUCUCUGGUUGGGAAACUAGAUCCCACAUGCACACUGCAACUAAAACAUCCCACAUGCUGCAAUGAAGAUCUGGCACAGCCAAAAUAAAUAAAUAAAUAAAAAUGAAUAAAUUAAAUAAAAGGAGGAGGAGCAGAGAAGUGGCCCCAAGAGGGGCUCUAUUCCCCACACACACCCCGUGAAGCGGGGGCAAGUACUCCAUCCAGCGGGAGGGAAAGCAGCAGCCAUGGCAGUUGCCUGCACAGCCCACCGUGGACCCCCAGAUUCCAUGUGGAGGCUCAGGGCCCCCUGAAGUCAAUACUGACGUCUCAAAAGUGCUGAUGCCGCCACCUGGUGUCCAUGUUCCCACUCUGGCUUGGGGGUGCAAGAGUCCCCCGGGUAUCAGCCAAGGACCACAGCAAAGACCACCUCCUGCUGGCCCCAGGCCCAGAGCAGGCCUAGAGCACUAGUGCCAGCAUGUGCCAGUACAGGCUGGCUUGCCCUUCUCUGUGGCCUGAGGCUCUUGAUGCCACCAGGUACAGUUACACUUAAAGAUGCCCAGAUGUGGGACUUUGCUGGUGGCCCAGUGAUUAAGAAUCCACCUGCCAAUACAGGGGACAUGGGUUCAGUCCCUGGUCUGGGAAGAUCCCACAUGCCAUGGAGCAGUUAAGCCCAUGCACCACAACUAUUGAGCCUGUGUGCCACAACUACUGAAGCCUGCACACCCUAGAGCCCACACUGCAGCUACUGAAGCCCUUGCAUUCUAGGGCCUGCAUGCCACAACUACUGAGUCCGUGUGCUGCAACUGAAGCCUGUGCACCUAGAGCCUGUGCUCUGCAAGAAGAAGCCACUGCAAUGAGAAGCCUGAGCACCACACAAUGAACAGUAGCCCCCACUUGCCACAACUAGAAAAAGCCCAUAUGCAGCAACAAAGACCCAAAGCAGCCAAAAAUUAACAAAUAAAUAAAUUUUAAAAAAAGAUUCCCAGAUGUUUAAAAAUGUAUGCAAAUAAAUAAAAAUAAAAUAAAAAUGUAUGCAAUUUAUAUAUGAAAUAAAAAUGUACAUAUAAAAACAUUCUUUUAAUUAUAUAAGAUAAUUAUGUAUAUGAAAUUUAUAUAUAUUUGUAUAAAACAAAUAUAUAACAAUAUGUUUAAGAUAGUUCAGUUGCUCACCUGUUAAAAACGAGUAAAAGAAAAUCAGUAGUUCCAAAAUAUCAGUAAAAUUAGACAAUUUAAUGAAUUGUGAAUUUCAUUCACAAAGUGAUAGUCUUUAAUAUUCAGGAGUAAACUGUCAAGAUAAAGGACAUGUAUGAAAGAAAGUACGAACUAGCAGCAAGGAACAAAAUAUUUAUAUAUAUACACAGUGGUUCUUAACUGGGGCAGUUUGGCCACCACUGGACAGUAAGGAAAUAUUUUAGAUGGUACAGCUGAGGGUGGGGACUGUGCUCCAGCAUCUACAUGUAUCUACGAAUAUAGAGAGAGGGAGAAAGAAAUUCAUUUUAAGGAAACAGAUCAUGUGAUGAGGAUGGCAAGUCCAAAAUCUGCAGGAUGGGCAGCAGGCUGGUGACACAGGUUGGUGAUAUAUGUCCAGUCUGAAGGCCAUCUGGGGCAGACUCCUUGCUUUGCAGGGGAGGUCAGUCUUUUCUUUUUCUUUCCUUUUUUUGGCUGUGUUGGGUCUUCAUUGCUGUGUGUGGGCUUUCUCUAGUUGUGGCGGGCAGGGGCUACUUGCGGCCUCUUCAGUGCAGUGGCUUCUCUUGUGGAGCACAGGCUUUAGUAGUUGCGGCACGUGGGCUGGGGCUUCAGUAGUUGUGCACAGGCUCAGUAGUUGUAGCUUGUGGGCUCUAGAGCGCAGGCUCAGUAGUUGUGCACGGGCUUAGUUGCUUCGAGGCACGUGGGAUCUUCCCCGACCAGGGACUGAACCCGUGUCCCCAGCAUUGGCAGGCAGAUUCUUAACUACUGUGCCACCAGGGAAGUCCCAGUCCUUUCUAUUAAGGUCUUUAACUGAUUGUAUGAAGCCCACCUGUAUUAUGGAGGGUAAUCUACUUUACUCAUAAGGUCUAUUGAUGUAAAUGUUAAUUUCAUCUGAAAAACACCUUCACAGAAACAUAUAGAAUAAUGUCUGUCCACUGGUGGACAUUAUUAAAGUGAAUUCCUUGCCCUGAAGAAGUGAUGGUCAGAUGUUCAAACUGGUGCAAUAUCUUCUGUUGUGAUUCUCUCACAGUAUUCUGAGUAUUUGCAUCUACCACCAGGGCAGCAAAGCACAGUCCAGAGUUGGUGUCGCUUUGUGUCAGGACCCUCUGUAGACCCGGGCUUCUGGCAUCAAUCUGACUUGCCCCCUGUACUGAGAGCCUGCCCACCAGAGCACCUGCCAUACAGCCAUCUGUGGUCUUUUUUUAUUUUUAUUUUUUUAAGAACUUUUAUUGAGAUACAGUCAACAGACAAUAAACAGCAUAUAUUUAGAGUGUACAAUUUGGUAUCCCAAUCUCCCAAUUCAUUCCCCCCCAACCCUCCCCGCUUUCCCCACUUGGUGUCCAUGUGUUUGUUCUCUACACCUGUGUCUCUUUUUGUGCCUUGCAUUUCCUCUUUCAUCGUUGUUAGCAUUUGCCUUAUGUAUUGAGGUGCUCCUAUACUGGAUGCAUAUAUAUUUAUAAUUGUUAUCUACUCUUCUUGGAUGGAUCCCUUGAUCUUUAUGUAAUGUCCUUUCUUGUCUCUUGUAACAUUUUUUAUUUUAAAGUCUAUUUGAUCUGAUAUGAGUAUUGCUACUCCAGCUUUCUUUUGAUUUUCAUUUGCAUGGAAUAUCUUUUUCCAUCCCCUCACUUUCCGUCUGUAUGUGUGCCUAGGUCUGAAGUGGGUCUCUUCGAGACAGCAUAUAUAUGGGUCUUGUUUUUGUAUCCAUUCAGCCAGUCUGUGUCUUCUGGUUGGUGCAUUUAGUCCAUUUCCAUUCAAGGUAAUUAUCAAUAUGUAUGUUCCUAUUACCAUUUUCUUAAUUGUUUUGUUGUUGUUUUUGUAGGUCCUUCUCUUCUCUUAUGUUUCCUGCUUAGAGACGUUCCUUUAGCAUUGUUGUAGGGCUGGUUUGGUGGUGCUGAAUUCUCUUAGCUGUUGCUUGUCUGUAAAGCUUUUGAUUUCUCCAUCGAAUCUGAAUGAGAUCCUUGCUGGGUAGAGUAUUCUUGGUUGUAGGUUCUUCCCUUUCAUCACUUGAAAUAUA